CGGACGAGGCGGCUGGACUCUGGAGACGCAAAUCGUAUCCAAUUACAGCCAACCGUUUCAACGAUCAAAGACGAUAGCCUUCGCCAUCGGCACCAUGGGCUGCACCACCUUUGCUACGAAUAUCAUUCCUCAUUUGGAGCUCCACAGUUGUUGUUUCAGGCCACUUGGCCCGAUCCGGACCCGCUUGUCUGCUCCGCGUCUCUGCAACUCCGCGGGGAGUCCCAGUUUGAGGUUCGGUGUUUCGCAGAGGAGUAAGAGGUUUGGCAGAGUUGUCUCUUUUGCUGUGGAUGAUGAGUUGAGGGAGAACCGGCAGGAGUUGAGUGGGAGUGGGGUUGGGUCAGCCAUUGAAGAUAGGCCGGAACUGGGGGAUAAUACACUAGAAGAAACUCCGGAGAAUUCUAGACAAGAUGGUGAUGGAAGUGCUCUAUAUGAUUUUCUUUACCCUACUAAAGAACAACUUCCUGAUGAUAAAGAAAUGAGCAUAUUUGAUCAUCUUGAAGAGCUGCGACAGAGAAUCUUUGUAUCUGUUCUAGCGGUUGGGGCAGCCAUUUUAGGAUGUUUUGCAUUUUCAAAAGAACUGAUAAUCGUUCUUGAAGAUCCUGUAAAAUCACAGGGUGUGAGAUUUCUUCAGCUAGCUCCUGGGGAGUUUUUCUUCACUACUUUAAAGGUGUCUGGUUACUGUGGCCUUCUCUUGGGAAGUCCUGUCAUUCUCUACGAAAUCAUAGCCUUUGUGCUUCCAGGCCUAACAAGAGCUGAGAGAAGGUUUCUGGGGCCAAUUGUUUUGGGCUCAUCAGUUCUUUUCUAUGCCGGAAUUAUCUUCUCCUACCUAGUUCUGACACCUGCAGCAUUAAAUUUCUUUGUUAACUAUGCUGAAGGGGCUGUUGAAUCAUUGUGGUCCAUUGAUCAAUACUUUGAGUUCGUACUAGUGCUAAUGUUCAGUACCGGCUUGUCUUUCCAGGUACCCGUUAUACAAUUGCUAUUGGGACAAGUUGGGCUUGUGACUGGAGAUCAGAUGCUCUCAAUUUGGAGGUAUGUUGUGGUUGGUGCAGUAGUGGCAGCUGCCGUUCUUACUCCUUCCACUGAUCCCCUCACUCAAGUUCUUCUAGCCGCUCCAUUGUUAGGUCUCUACAUUGGCGGGGCAUGGAUGGUCAAGCUCAUUGGAAGGUGACUCUAGCCCCACAUCUUAAUACGAGCUCUAAUUCUUUGAGACUUGAAUGUAUAGUCUUCACAAUGUAAUCUACUUGUUGAUUAGUGCCAGAGAUGUAGGGAAACAAUACCUAUGCCUGUAUACUAGAUUUUGAAAUAUAAUUUUAUACCUCGUUUUCUCGAA